CCAAUGCUGAGGUUUGCCCGCGCCGCACUGUGUGGCAGCCAGCGAGGCAUGGCGAUGCUCUCCACCAUAGCCGCGCCCCACCUCCCCAACCACACCGACGACCAGCUCGACUUGCAAGAACAGUACCUCGCCAAACACGAAGAUGACAAGCCGCUGAGAAAUGCCGAGCUCUUUGAUACGGUGCCUGUCCUCCUCAAGGAGCCGUGGCGGCCGGUGAAGCGCCCGUGGCAGCUGGCGCAGUGGGAGGCCGAUCAGGUGGUCCUCCCUCCGGGCUUCCACGCGCGGCGCAUUGAGCUCUGCCGUGAGCUGGGCGUCGAGUUUGGCGACGGCAAGGUUGCGACACAGGCCUUUGUCCACCAGUCGUAUCUCGCGCCGCUCACGGCCUACCCGCGCAACGUCCGCCGGCUCUCCAACCGCCGACUGGAGGCUCUGGGCGACUCGGUCCUCGACCUCAUGCUCUCGUCGUAUCUGUACUUUUUCGCGCCGCAUGCGCCUGCAGGCACCAUCACCCAGUUCCGCAACUUUAUGCGCUCCAACGAGGUGCUGGCAUCGGCGGCGGAUGCACUGUCGCUCACCGAUCUCAUGCUUGUCGCGCCGUCGUUUCUUGGUGCGCCCGCCACCGCCGACGACGACGGCGGCUCAGCUGCCGAGGCGCUUGCCGCCAACACCAAUCGUGAACAUGGCCUGCUCAAACUCAAAGCCAACACCCUCGAGGCCUUUGUGGGCGCUGUCUUUGUCGACUCGGGCAUGGAAAAGGCCAACGAGUUUGUCUCGCACAAGGUGCUCCCGCUCCUGGUUGACGAGCUGUACGAGCGGCCGGAGCACGUCGACCCGGUCACCCUCCUCAACAACUUGGUCAUCUCGACAACCAAGGCUCCGCCUCGCUUUCAAUACUCGCGCGACGCCGAGUCGGGUGCCACCAAGGUCAAGGUCUUUGUCGACGACAAGUACGUGGCCAUGGCUGUCGACACUUCGAAGCGCACUGCCAAGCGCGCUGCUGUCAUCUCGGCCCUCGCCAUUCUGCGCAAGAAGCAGGCCCGCGCCUAGCUGCGCCGGUUGUGCUGCGCCGCGGGCGCGUAUCGGGAGAGCACGGGCUGUCUGCCGGCGGCUCCCAUGGCCGGCCCGCCGGACGGGCCCGACGGGCCCGACGCCAGCGCAUCGACGUCCAGCGGCACCAGCAGCGGGUUGCCCGAGUACAGCAGCGGUGAUAGGCCGUGCGAUGGGGGUGCCCACGUCCCGCCUGUGCCCAGGUCCGGAAAGAUGCUCGAGCUGCCCGCUCUCGUUCCUCCGCCCACCCCCGCAGCCAUACCCGACUGUGGCGGCGGCGGGAAGCACGCCUG